AUGUGUCUGGUACUUCAUCAUGGCAGCAGUACGCAGCAGUCACUGCAGCAGGAGGCCACAGGACACAUCUCCAUGCACACGCACACCGAAGGACGGUGCUUUGAGCAGGACCAUAUCUCCUCCUUCAAUGGACCUCAUCUCUCGAUCAGGAGCGUGGAAGAAAGGACAAAACUGGACAUUAUGACUUCAGAUGUCCGUGACCUGAACUCGUUGCUGACCCCUCUCCCGAGCGGCCCGAGCCCUGGCUGCCCGUCUCUGCCCGUCAGCACAGCGCCGCAGUGGGCCCCCGUGUUGGACUUUCACACUGGCGCCUCACCCUACCCCUCCCUGGGUGCCCCCCACAGCUCCCUGGGACCACACUCCUUCAUCAAACAGGAACCCACCUGGGGACCCACGGCGGAGCCUCACCAUCACGAAGCAGACCCUCACUGCGGCCUGAGCGCCUUCACCGUGCACUUCUCGGGGCAGUUCACCGGCACUGGGGCAUGCAGGUACGGGGCGGCGUUCGGAGGACCCCCAGCGCCGAGUCAAGCUCCCUCGGUGACGUCCCCGCACCAUCACCAGACUCCCGGUCGCAUGUUUGGCAGCACGCCCUAUCUGACCAACUGCAUGGACACUCAGGCCAGCCAGCGCAACCAGACAGGUUACGGCACAGUUGCCUUCGAUGGAGCCAGUAAUUACAGUCACACUCCCACGCACCACAGCUCGCAGUUCUCCAACCACUCCUUUAAGCAUGAAGACGCUCUCACUCAGCAAAACACCAUGGGUGAGCAGCAGUACGCCAUCCCUCCUCCGGUCUAUGGAUGCCACACACCACCAGACAGCUGCACCGGGGGCCAGGCUCUGCUGCUCAGAAACCCCUAUAACAGCCACCCCACUGCCUACGACAGCGACCCCAUGGUGUACAGCUGCAGCACGCAGUACCGCAUCCACACACACGGGGUCUUCAGGGGAAUCCAGGACGUGAGGCGGGUGCCCGGCAUCACCCCCACCAUUGUGCGCUCUGAGAGCAGUGAGAAGCGCCCCUUCAUGUGUGCGUAUCCAGGCUGUAACAAACGCUACUUCAAACUGUCCCAUCUGCAGAUGCACGGCCGCAAACACACAGGGGAAAAGCCGUAUCAGUGUGAAUACACAGACUGCGGCCGCCGGUUUUCUCGCUCGGAUCAGCUUAAGCGUCACCAGAGGAGGCACACAGGAGUAAAACCCUUCGAAUGCCAGACGUGUCAGAGAAAGUUCUCUCGGUCUGACCACCUUAAGACACACACCCGGACUCAUACAGGUAAAACAAGUGAGAAGCCCUUCAAUUGUCGUUGGCCAAACUGUCAGAAGAAGUUUGCCCGGAGCGAUGAGUUGGUGCGACAUCACAACAUGCACCAGAGGAACCUGACCAAGCUGCAGCUCUCAAUAUGA